UGAUCAGAAAGAGGAAGAUGAAGAGUUGCUGGAAGACAGGACUGAAAAAACAAGGGAGACAAAUUGUCAUGUCGAACAAUGGUUUGGAAUAGUAAAACAUCACAUCUUAAGGAAAAAAAAACAAUUGCGACCUGGGACCUUCAUCCGAACCAUGUACAGAUCCCUACAGGAUAGAUAUAUUGAGCAUAUAAUGAAACACAACUUGCCAGAUCAUCUCAUUACAAAGCCUCAAACAUUCAUGGAUAUAAAGUUGUCAGAGGAGACAUGGGCCAAAAAGGAUCAGCCAGAAGAGAAAGUUGGGCAGUCCAAAUACUACACUGCUCCAGACAAAAUGUCAGUACCUAAACAGAAGAGGGUUAAAAAGAAGAGGAAAGGCCAUGUCAAAAGUGAUGAGGCCUUAGACCCUUCCUCCAUCCCUGACAGGACUCAAGAAAAGGCAACAGAAAGCCAGCUGCUAAGGCUAACAACUGAGAAGAUAAAAUCGAAGAAAAAGGAAGGUCUCAUACAAGGAAAUGUUCACAAAAGUGAAUCGGGCCUGCUGAGCAAUGUCUUGAAGUCAUCUCUCAUUCCUGAUGGAACCCUGGAAAAGGCUGCAGAAGGAGAUGCCACCACACUUCAGACCAGUGCUGAUAGACUACGUUCUGAGGUAAACACACUGUGGAAAAGGAGAGAAACAGAGAUUCCAUCUCGCAAAGACAUUGCACAGCAGAGAAGACAGAUGGCUGAGGACAUCCUUCUUGCAUUGGGACAUUUGAAGGAGAGCCAGGGUUAG